GUCGACCGUCACUGUCUUUGAUUUGUCUACUAGUUUCAGUUUGUCGUGGAUAUCCGAGGGUUUUCGCUAAUUACUCUUUAAGUUUAAAGGUUGUUAAAUCACUUACGUUAAUUUAAUUCUAAAAAUUGUAAAUUAAAAUCACUACAAAGUCCGUUUUUUCCCUCGCUGUACGUUUUAUUCAUUCGCGAAAUACCGAUGUUCGAUAUGUUAACGAAAAGUUAUCUGUUUAUUUGUCGUUUGCAGUGUAUCGAAAAUGCGUGAAAUUUUUAAAUAGUGCGGUGUGUGAACCAGUUGUGAAGGAUAUACGAUGGAAUAUUGGCCAAAUUGUUAACCGUUUACAAUUAUGGUCGAGACCACUGAUAUCGUAGGCAAAUGCAAUAGUUAUUCGACUUUCAAUAAAACUUCGGCGUUGAAAUUUACACCCGGAUAUGAAGGAGUACCUGAAAAUUUGAUACUGAAUUUCGCAGGAUGGCUGAUUUUAAUACUGUUUUUUACCAUCAUGCGAAAAAAGGCCUGGGAUUAUGGUCGGUUGGCUUUGGUACAUAAGGAUAACGACAGAUGGACGAGAAUAUUUUACGGCACGAUGGACGAAAUUGUAACAGAAGAUGGCGCACCUCCUAAAUUCAUCACCCAAGAUCGAGGUUUUUUUGCUUGGAUUAUGGCUACUUUUAGAAUCAAAGACGAGCAUAUUUUAUCGAAAUGCGGAUUAGACGCUGUGCAAUACUUGUCAUUUCAAAGAAACGUGAUCUUGUUGGUAGGCAUCAUGACGUCCAUUUCGUUAGGUAUUGUGUUACCUAUAAAUUUCGCCGGAACGUUGCAAGGAGGAGAUUCCGCCUUCGGCCAUACCACAGUCAGCAAUUUAGAUCCACAGUCGGACUGGUUAUGGGUACACGUUACCAUAGCGAUAUUAUAUUUACCAUUAAGCAUCGCUAUAAUGCGUAGGUUUUCGGUGAAAUUACGUCUGGAAAUUAUAGACAGCGUUUCCCGCACUCUUAUGAUUACGGAUAUACCUCGUCGUAACUGCGACGUUAACGACCUGGCGCGUCAUUUCAGGGAAGCGUAUCCGGAGUACGAAGUUCAAAAUAUUCAGCUGGCCUAUGAUAUCACCAAAGUUAGUCAAUUAGAUCAAGAAAGAGACGUUGCUCAUCAGGCGAGAAUAUAUUGCGAAGAGUAUUUCAAAACGACCGGAGAACGAUUAACGGUACAUCCUUACAUGUGCGGAUACAUAUUUUCGUGUUGUGGUCAUUUCGAAGGACAGUCUGUAGAUGCCAUCGACUAUUACAAAGUAGAAGAGGAUAAUUUAAGAAUCGCGAUGGAAGCUGCGAAAUCGAAAUCUCUAAAAAGGCCUCUCGGCAUAGCUUUUAUCACAUUGGGUUCGGUCGAAGGUGCCAAACACGUUUAUCAAGAUCAUAAAUACGAUUUCAAAAGGUGUUCGUCGCAGCCUCCUGUCACCAGCGUAUCUGGUCUUUUGCAACCUCAACAGUGGACGGUGAAAUUCGCUCCACCUCCUCAAGAUAUAUUUUGGGAAAAUCUAUCGGAAACCUCUACCAAUAGAACGUGGAAGACGUCGAUGAUUAAUACAUUUUUAGUAGUGACCUUGUUCUUUCUAACAACGCCACCUAUUCUAUUAAACACAAUGGAUACGUUGAAACUUCGCGAAAUAGAGAAAAUGAAUCCAGUGCUAUCGGAAACGAUGCCUACGUUGUUAUUGUGGACAUUUGCGGCGCUACUUCCGGUCAUAGUGAUUAAAUCUGAUCAAUGGAUGAGUCACUGGACGAGAUCGGAAAGGAAUCACGCCAUUAUGAGAAAAACGUUUAUAUUUUUAUUAUUCAUGGUGCUUAUUUUACCAUCGCUCGGAUUAGCUAGCGUGCAAGCUUUUUUGGAAUUCUUCUUGAGGCAGAACAACGAGCAGUAUCGUUGGCAAUGUUUAUUCUUGCCGGAUAAGGGGGCUUUCUUCGUGAAUUACGUAAUAACGUCGGCGUUGAUCGGUACUGGAUUAGAAUUGAUUCGAUUUCCGGAACUAUUUCUGUACGCAGUUCGUCUUUUGCUGUCAAGAUCAAAAGCAGAAACUAUUAGCGCUCGUAAACUUGUUCUUUGGGAAUUUCCUUUCGGAGUACAUUACGCUUGGAUGUUGCUAAUUUUCGCAUUAACGGUCGUGUACAGUUUAUCGUGUCCGUUAAUUACGCCUUUCGGGUUGCUGUAUAUGUUAAUGAAACACUUCGUCGAUCGCUAUAACAUCUACUUUGCGUACGGACCAUCUAAAAUCAAACAGCAAAUUCACGGUACAGCUAUAAAUUUUGUCAUCGUUUCGGUGGUGCUGUUACAAGCCAGCUUCAUGCUGCUGUCCAUAGUUCGAAAUCAUUUUCAAAAGAUCACUAUUUACGCUAUUAUCGGGUUCUUUAUCACGAUUGCUUUCGCCUUCGCUCAAUGUUUCUUGAGAUGGUGCGAAUCGUGGGGUCCUAUUCAUUACCAAAGCGCUAAAUCUAGAGCAGCCCAAAGUCCACGCAAACGAGAUAUAUACUCGCAAUUUCAAUACGUUCCGGAUGUGCUGAGGCGUAGCACGUUACCGUCGCAUCGCGAUGAUAACAACGGUAGUAUCUCGCAAAAUAACCUCGUUACCCUGUACACGUCACCGGAAGCCGUCGAAACGCAAAUUGAUAACAAUUCGGCUGUCGUCAACUUGAAUGAAAAAGACACCACGAUGCUGUACCAGAAUUACAACGGCGGCACCAUUCAAACUUGAAGGAAUCUGCGUACGCGGUAAUCGUAAUCCUAAAGAAAUGCCGCGCCGAGCGCGUGAUUUUCCUUUUUUAUUUCGAGGGAGGUUUUUGAAAAAUGUUCCCUCCGAGUUAGUAUUCGUGUGUGGUACGAUUCGAAUUGUUACCGUCCUCUAUUCUCAUAAUUGUUGUGAGAUUGUCACGUUACAUUGUUGUCUCAUUAGUUCCUGAGUUUUAUUGGAACCUAGUCUUAUACGAGUUGCGAUUCUCUCGUAUAUCUAUGUGUUUGUGUACCUUGUUUUAUCUCUUCAUAUUUUUUUCUUCAUUUUUUUCCUUUUUUUUUCUUUUUCAAUCCGAUUAAUGUUUUUACGAGUAUUUUAAUUUUUUUUUCUCGAAUUUUUACAUGUUUUGUAUACCUUUAAUGCGAGUCUAUUUUUGUCUAUCAUAUCGUUGUGUUCUCUGAUACCCGUUCGAGGUUUUAUCAAUUUUUUUUUCUUUUUUAAAUACGAAAUUUUUUUUAGAAAAAUAAUGCUAAUACUUGCGGAAAAAAUUUAGUUAAUUGAUAUUUUACAUUCCGUGAAUUGAAAAAAAAAUAAUGAUUUUUAUGAAACAUUCCAUUAAUAUUAGUAAUUCGAGAGUUAGUACUUCAAACUCGUGCAAUAGUUUUUAUCACAAUUUUGUGUUGGCGAAUAGAAAGUAAAUUUAGGUGAAAAAUCACGAGGCUUAAUCCACUCUAAAAAAAAAAAAAAGGAUCAGGGGAUGGGGAUUUAGAAACCGACAAGGGAGCCUCUAGAAAAUGGAAAGAGCAUGAGCUGAAACCCCAGUAAACAACAUUUCAAAUGCGCAAAUUGAUUUUUUGAUUUUUGGGAAAUUUUUGAAAAUUUAAAAUUUGCCAUUUUUGGCAAUGUAGGUAUUUUUGGAAAAAAUCGUUGAAAUUGGGGCAUUUUGUCCUGGAAUUACGAUCAUUGCACCCCCCUCCUCCCAGCCGAAUUUCAUCGUUUUCAGUUAUUCUGGAGCCUCUAGUGCGAUUUUAUAUUUCUCCAGAAUUAAAAAAAUGAAAAAUUUGCUGUUCGUUGAGAAAUUUUUAAAAUUUUUAUAAAUGGCUAAAUGUUUGAAACCAACCGUACUAUUCAAAAUGUCAUCAUUUCGAGUGAUUCUGGAGUCUCCAGUGCGGUUUCAUAUUUCUGCAGGAUUAAAAAAAUGUUAAAAUUUUCUGUUCGUUGGGAAAUUUUUAAAAUUUGCAUAAAAAUGGCUAAAUGUCUAAAACCAACCCUCCGAUUUCAAAUUUUACCAUUUCGAGUGAUUCUGGAGCCUCCAGUGCGAUUUUUUACAAAUAUUUCUCCAGAAUAAAAAAAAAAUGGAUAAUUUGCUGUUCCUUGGAAAAUCUUUAGAAUUUGUAUGAAAAGCUGUUAUCCAAAAUUACUCCCUCCACCAUCCAAAUUUCACCAUUUCGAGUGAUUCUGGAGCCUCCAGUGCGAUUUUUUACAAAUAUUUCUCCAGAAUAAAAAAAAUGGAAAAUUUUCUGUUCGUUGAGAAAUUUUUAAAAAUAAAUGGCUAAAUGUCUAAAACCAACCCUUUGAUUCCAAAUUUCAUCAUUUCGAGUGAUUCUGGAGCCUCCAGUGCGAUUUUUUACAAAUAUUUCUCCAGAAUAAAAAAAUUUGGAAAAUUUUCUGUUCGCUGGAAAAUCUUUAAAAUUUGUAUGAAAAGCUGUUAUCCAAAAUUACUCUCUCCCCCAUGCAAAUUUCACCAUUUCAAGUGAUUCUGGAGCCUCCAGUACGAUUUUUUUCAAAUAUUUCUCCAGAAUAAAAAAAAUGGAAAAUUUGCUGUUCGUUGAGAAAUUUUUGAAAUUUGCAUAAAUGGCUAAUGUCUAAAACCAACCCUCCGAUUCCAAAUUUCACCAUUUCGAGUGAUUCUGGAGCCUCCAGCGCGAUUUUUUACAAAUAUUUCUCCAGAAUAAAAAAAAUGGAAAAUUUAUUGCUGUUCGUUGAGAAAUUUUUGAAAUUUGCAUAAAUUGCUAAUGUCUAACACCAACCCUCCGAUUCCAAAUUUCACCAUUUCGAGUGAUUCUGGAGCCUCCAGUGCGAUUUUUUACAAAUAUUUCUCCAGGAUUAAAAAAAUUGGAAAAUUUUCUGUUCGUUAAAAAAUCUUUAAAAUUAGUAUGAAAAGCUGUUAUCCAAAAUUACUCCCUCCCCCAUGCAAAUUUCACCAUUUCGAGUGAUUCUGGAGCCUCCAGUACGAUUUUUUACAAUUAUUUCUCCAGAAUAAAAAAAAUGGAAAAUUUGCUGUUCGUUGAGAAAUUUUUAAAAUUAGUAUGAAAAGCUGUUAUCCAAAAUUACUCCCUCCCCUCCCCAAAUUUCACCAUUUCGAGUGAUUCGGGAGCUUCCAGUUAGAUUUUCGGUAUUUCCAGAAUUUUAAAAUGUCUCCUGAAAACGUGAAGAUUAAUUUGGGCAGCUAAAAAUCAAGUUGUGGCUUUUUCUCUACCUGUUCAACGAGUUUAUCUGCAUUUGGCUUAAUUUCCAGCAGACAUAAAAUUCAAAAAAUCAAAAUUUUUCUGUUCGUGAGGAAAUUUUUGAAAUUUUUGCACGAAUGGUUGUAUAUUUUCUAAAAUCAACCCUCCAAAUCGAAAUUUCAACAUUUUGAGCUAUUUUCGAGCUUUCAGUUCGAUUUUCGAUUCCUCCAGAUGGUGCUAAAAUUAAUUUGGACAAUUAAAAAUCGAGUUGUAGCUUAUUCUCGACCUAUUCAACAAAUUCAUCCACAUUUGACGGGAUUUUUAAGCACACUCACAAAAUAAAUGUUUUCAACCGGGGUAAAUUAAUCAGAAAAAAAAUUCAAAAAAUUCAAUUUUUUUUUUCAUGAUAAAUAUUUUUGAAAUUUGCACUAGUGGCUUCAUCUGGUCUGAAACCAAACCUCAGAAUUCAAAUUUCACCAUUUUGAGUCAUUCUGAAGCCUCCAGCGCGAUUUUCGAUUUCUCCAGAAUUUAGAAAUUUCUUUAAAAGACGUGAACAUUUAUUUGGGCAGCUAAAAAAUCGAGUUGUGACCUAGCAACUGAAAUUUUAGUUAUGGGAGUUUCAAAAUUGGAGUCUGCUUUGAAUCAGAUGCGGACACUUCGGGAGGUUCCCUUGUGAGAUGAUUAAUUCGGGAGACCUUGCCUCAAAAAUGGACCACUCGUUGAUUCUUAGAGAGAACGUGACUUCCAAAAUAUUCUUAUUUUGAUACACAUUUUUUUCCUCAUAAUCUUUUAUGAACAACUUUGUACACUAUUUUUCUAUUUGCCAAUACUAAGUAAUUACUUUUCAUUGUUCUUUUAUGCGUUGAAAUUUUUUUCUGUACGUGUUUUAUCGAUGUUCUGAAACGAGAAAAUUUUAUUCAGUAAUUUCAAGUUACAUAUUACCAAAUUAUUUAUUUUAUUCGUUUCGAAUACGUACAAUUCUAGUUAAUCUCUUUCAUUACGAAUAACUUCGGUAAUGUUUUUUUAUACAUUAUUUUUUCGUGUGCGUUUUAUCCUAAUAACUAUAAUUUAGUUAAAUAUUCUAGGUAUGUAGAUUACAUACAAUAUGAUUUCGUAUACCAAACAGCUCAGCCUAUCAUCGUUUAGAAUAGCUUUUUUUUCUGUUAGUGCUGGAGCUAAACCGUUGGAACAGUUUCUCUGUCGAUGUCGACGUCAAGGUGCAAUUUUCUUUUUACAUCACGACUAAAUUUUUAUUUAUUUUAUUAACGAAACGAUAAUAUUAUUUUAUCGAAUUAGUAGGUAAUUUCUCGAACCACUAUUAUAUAGUGGCAGAAGUCCAACUAAUCAACGCUGUUUUUAAUUUUUUUUUUGACACGCUUGUGAGAAGCUUUCUUUUGCUAAUUGUGAUAAGGCCAAUACAGCUUUCCUUGUUUUUUUGAUUUCGCUGCGACGAUCGUUGGAUAAUACAAUAGUUUUAAUUUUUAUUUUGCCUAGGCUGUGGUUUUAACGUGAUACAAUGAAUUAUAUUGCUCACGCAUUCUUAAAAGUGUAAAUGUGUUGUACCAUGCUUUGUCCGGGCGAAUACAACAGAAAGAUGCGUGAAUUUAUUUUUGUUUUGCUCUGAUUUUGAUUUUUUUUUUUCGUUUUUUUUCUUAUUUCUUUUUUGCUCGUGGAUGUUUCGAGCGUUAGAAUAGUAGUAACCGAAAAGCAAUGUAUGUGUUAGUUAAUAAGUUCCUAAUUGUAACGAAGAAGGAGAAAUGAAUCGUGCGUCGUGCAAUAAGUAUUUUAUAUUAUUGCUUGUUUAUGUUUUGACGAUGAAUGAAUGUUUGUUUUUUUGUUUUUAUAUUCCGGUAUGUAAUAUCGAUGGAUGGAGAUCAUCGAGAUACUGCGAUAUAGUACCUACGUUGUAAUGUAAAUGUUUUUUUGGUUGAUUGAAUUGCCUAUACUCUUGUAAGAGCAACGAACGAAUUCUUCUUUGAUUCGGACUUUUUUUUUCGUAGUAUUUUUUUCCUUCUAAAGUAAAAAUAUAAUAAGCUUUGCCAAAAACGAUGAUAAAUAACGACAAUUCGUUCAGUUUGUGAAUGUUAAACGUAAGAUAUUAGUCUGUGUAAUAGGUUGUGAUGCGGUAUCUUCGAAAGGUUGUAGUGAAAUUUUUAUCAUUAUUUUGUAAUUUAUUAGAAAAAUUCUAUAGCUAAUGAGGUAAUUGAAAACAAUACACUCGGAUUGUUUUGUUACUUGUUUUUUUUUUUUUUAAAAUCGAUAACAUAUCCAAACAGUAUAUCAAUUAUUUGAAAGCCCCUUUGAAAAAGGGAUGUUUCAAAUUAAAAUUUAUAUCUUUCAUGUUGAAAUGUUAUAUUUUAAUACAUCGCAGUUCUUGAAUCUAGUCAUGUUAUUCGAGACUGUUACCGUUUUAAAAAUUCAAUUGAGGGUUGAUUCUUCAUGACCGAACGAAAAAAUUUAUUCGUUUACCCGAAUCGAUUAUAUUUUACUUGCAGCAAGUAUGCGUGUUUGUGUUUUUACUACAACUACCAGUAUUUUUUGGUUUUUACACGCAUUGUAGUGUGAAAAUUUAUGUGUGUAUUUGUAAUAAUUUAUUUCUAUUCUAUGUUGCUAUUAACAAUAAACCGGAAUUAACGAUUA